AUGGACACUUUCACCAAAAAACAUCUGGAUAUGUACUGGGAAGAUGGAAAAGAUGAUGAUCAAGUGAUCAAGGCUCACCCUCUUGCAAAGAAGUAUGCUUUCACAAUGGCAUGCAGGCUCAUGUUAGACACAGAGGAUCAACAAGUAUUUACCGAACUAGAAAACCUAAUGAAGGAUUUGUCUUCAGGGUUCACUUCAUUGCCAAUCGAUCUGCCCGGCACGCAGUUUAACCGUGCAAUUCGAGGGUCCAGGCAACUCCGGGAAGAAAUUAAGAAUAUUGUCACUCAAAGGAGGAUACAUCUUUCCGCUCGUAAGGCACACGAAGUUGUUGAUGGUUUAGAUAUUUUGUCCAGCUUGAUCAUGGACACAAGUAGCGACGGGCAAGGGCUGAGCGACUCGGAGAUUGCCAGCAAGUUGUAUGGCGUUAUAGUUAGUGGCUAUGACAAUUUCAGCAGCACGUUGGCUACCAUUGUCAUGUAUCUAGCAGAGCUUCCUCAUGUCUAUGAUGCCGUCCUUAAAGAGCAAAGGCAGAUUGCAGAGUCAAAAGCAGCAGGAGAGCUGUUGAACUGGGCGGAUAUACAAAAGAUGAAAUAUUCAUGGAGCGUGGCAUGUGAAGUUAUGCGAUUGUUGCCACCAAAUUCCGGGACUUUUAGGGAAGCCAUUUCCGACUUCGUCUAUGAAGGAUAUCUGAUUCCAAAAGGAAUGAAGCUGAACUGGAACGUGCAUUCGACACAUAAAAACCCAGAGUACUUCCCAGAUCCAGAAAAGUUUGAUCCGUCGAGGUUUGAGGGACAAGGACCACCUCCUUACUCAUUUGUUCCGUUUGGAGGAGGACCUCGGAUGUGUCCAGGCAAAGAAUAUUCUCGAUUCAAAAUGUUGGUGUUCAUGCACAACGUUGUAACCAGAUACAGAUGGGAGAAGGUUUUUCCUGACGAGAAAUUCGUGUGGGACCCAGCGCUUGUUCCUACCAAAGGACUUCCAAUUCGGGUUUUUCCUCACAAUAAAUCACAGUCCAACUAG